ACCGUUGCUUCUUGGAAACAAUAAGAACACAACAUACUGGUGAUCCAUCACAAAAAUGGCCAUGUUUAUGGAUUUUAGUGUUCGACGUCGUAAAAUAUAUAGAACACGGCGUAGCAAUGAAUUAGGCAGUUUUAAGCACUUAUACAGGUUUACAGAAAAUAAUGUCGAAUGGUUAGCUGCUCAUUUUCUCGGUUCAUCUCAUGAAACUAGAGGCGGUGCUUUAAGUAAUUUCCAAAAGAUGCAAUUUUUUCUUCCAUAUGUUGGAGAUCCUGGAUUCCAGGUUGGUGUUGGGGAAGAUAUUAGAAUACACCAAACGACUGUCAGCAAAACUGUUUGGAACGCAUGCCAAAAAAUUGCAUCAAAAUCUUCUGAUUGGAUUAAAUUUCCGGUUACGAAAGAAGAUAUGGAUGCGGCUAAGAAUAUAUGGCGUAGAAAGUUCAAAUUUCCGGACUCAAUAGGAGCAUUGGACUGCACUCAUGUCAUUAUCCAAAGUCCAUAUGAGCAUGCAGAUGAAUAUGUGAAUAGAAAAGGUUUAAAAUCGUUCAAUAUACAAGCUACAUGUGAUGCAAACGAAUUGUUCACCAGUAUUGAUUGUACAUGGCCAGGAUCUGUACACGAUUCUAGAAUAUGGAAAAAUUCAUCAGUGUUUCAGGUAAUGCAUGAGAAUCCUACCGAAGCCUUAUUGCUAGGUGAUGAUGGCUAUGGAAUUGCUCCUUGGGUCAUGACUCUAUACAGAAAUCCCAAAAUCCCCCAACAACAACGGAACAACAAAAUUCAUAGCAGUGAACGAGUCAUAAUAGAACGAGUGUUUGGCCAGGUCAAGCGGAGGUUUCCAUUCCUGCAAUCGAAAGUACGAGUUAAUACACGUCGCAUUCCAAGCAUGAUUCUGUCUUGUUUUGUGUUGCGCAAUAUAGCCAAAUAUUUAAAGGAUGAAGAAUUUAAAGAGGUUCGACCCACAAGUAAUAGAAAUAUACAUGUUCCAAUGCUUGAUGAAAUAAAUAAUAAUGAUAAAAAAGAGGUCAAGCACGACGUAAUGCUAUUACAACAUAUUUAUUUCAAUUGUAAACGCCAUAUUACAUAA